AUGAAUAAUAAAAUAAAUAAAAUAAAAAUAAAUGUCAAUAAAAUCAAUCUUAGUGCUUCAUAUAUUCAAAUAUUACACAACCUAUUUGAUGUAAACUAUAUGUAUAGUAGAAGUUUAAUACCACAACAAUCAAACAAAACAAUCUCAUAUCAUUUUCAAGUUAAUAAAGAUAACAGAUCUAUAUCAUAUUUAGUAUUAAAUCCCACAGACAUCCAAACAUUAAAUGAAAUCGAUGUAAACGAUUUAUUAAAUAAUUUUUUAAUUCAAUUUUAUAAUUAUAAUUUAAAUAAAGAAUGUUUUAUUAUUAUAGAAACAACAAUUAAUGGCUUUACAUCAAAUACUAAAAAGAACAUAAAAUCAAACAUCGAGAAUAAAUAUGAACUAAAUAAAUUUCAAUUAAAAUAUUUUAAUUUUAAUAUAAACUUUCUUUUUUCACAAAGUAUCAACGAAACUUUUGAGCUAAUGUUAAAAUCUUUAGAUAACAAUAGUAAUAAAAAUAGUUCAGGCGAAACCGAAUCCCUCUUAGAGACCCAAAAAGAUAUAGCAAACUCUUUGUUUUCAAACACCAAUAAAAUUAAAUUAAUAUUAUCAACAAAUAAUAUAAGCAUUGCAGAUUCUAAAAUAUUAUUAAAAGAAAACCAAUAUCAAAUAUCUUAUAUUAUGGCAUCCCUCGAAAAAUUUAAAAAAGAAACUAAAAACAACAAUAACAAUAACAAUAGUAAUAGCAACAACCAUAAUAAUAAUGAAAAUUUUAAAGAAACAAAUAAAUCUAUAAACUGUUUUUCAAAUAAUUUGAUCAAAUAA